UUCAUGGUUAAACAGUGGCCAAAUUUUAUUGAAAAUUCACGUAAUCAAGUUGUGUAAUAAAAUUCCAUAAUAAGAAGCAGUAUGUGCGCGUUCGCGUGUCUUUUUGCGACGAACGAUGGGAAAUCGAGCAGUAAAGGGAGUCGAAAAUUCAAAGUGUUAAAUUUACUUCUGCUUUGGUGUAUUUUCGUGAUCCAACCAGUAAAAAUGGAUAGAAAAUUCUUCGUUGGUGGUAAUUGGAAAAUGAACGGCGAUAAAAAAUUCAUUAGUGAAUUGGUAGAGUGUCUGAAAAAGUGUAAUAUCGAUCAAUCCGUAGAAGUUGUAGUGGCUCCUCCGUCCAUCUAUUUAGAUUACACGAAAUCCAUUAUUCCUCAAAAUAUUCAAGUAGCUGCUCAGAAUUGUUACAAAGUACCGAAAGGAGCUUUUACAGGUGAAAUCAGUCCGGCUAUGAUUAAAGAUAUUGGUCUCGAUUGGGUAAUAAUUGGACAUUCUGAAAGAAGAAAUGUUUUUGGCGAAAAUGAUGCUUUGACUGCUGAAAAAGUUGCCCACGCUUUAGAAAGUGGUUUAUCAGUGAUAGCUUGCAUAGGCGAAAAACUCGAAGAAAGAGAAGCAGGCCAGACUGAAGCCGUUGUAUUCCAGCAAGUUAAAGCAAUAGCCUCUAAAAUCGGCGAAUGGAAAAACGUAGUGAUCGCCUAUGAACCUGUAUGGGCCAUCGGUACCGGAAAAACAGCUACGCCUCAACAAGCUCAAGAAGUACACGCUAAACUACGUGAAUACAUCAGUAAAGAAAUAUCUGAAAAAGUAGCGAAAGAAAUCCGCAUUAUUUACGGUGGCUCUGUGACUGGCGGUAAUGCUAAAGAAUUAGCGAAAGAAAAAGAUAUCGAUGGAUUUUUAGUCGGAGGAGCUUCGUUAAAACCCGAAUUCAUCGAUAUUAUUAAUGCAAAGAAAUGAAUUUGAUUCGUCUGUCGAACAUCGAUCAAAUUGUAAAAUACUCCACAGUUCCUUAAAGUUCACCAUUAAGGAUAAAUUUUCUCUUCGUAAUGUUUUUUUUUUCGAGAGUCGCGAUUUUGAUUACCACGAUAAUGAUAUCAGUUUUAUUAUUUUAAAUUUAUAUAUUUUAUUUUGCCCGUUAGCAAAUCGUAUUUUAAGUUAUUUUUUUAUGUGAAAUUUUCGCUUAUUAAUAGCUUUUACAAAUACUAGGAUACUCCAAUUUUUAAAUGUUCAAAUUUGAUUUUUUUUAAAAAUUAAAAUAGGUAUUAGGUGAAGAAAAUUAGUAUCGCUGUUUGAAUAAAUAUUUGGUAGAUGA